GGUCCCGCGUCCUACCUCGAGCACCUCGAUGGAUAGGAAAUCGUCGACUCUCUGCCGACGGCCGGGACAGUUUCGCGAAAUGACGAAAUCAGAACGACGAUGACGUUGAUCGUGACCUCGGCUCGCGCUCGGUCAUAGAUGGAUCGCGUCGGCUUCUGUCACUUUCACCGUCGGUUUUUCUCGACUCGCUGACGCGCACGUACACCUCUCCCCGUUAUCCCGACGCGCUUAAUUGGCGCAGAGUCGCGACGACCUCGCGAAAACCGCGUUACCUCGGUCUCAGCUUCGCCGGGUUCGCGUAAAACGUACGCGCGCGGCCAAAACAAAUCUCGCCUUGAUCAGCUGUAAUCAACGUCUUACAUAACACCGAAGGAGAGAAAUCCCGGGCGGAAUCUCGGUCCCGUGUUACGUCGCUCGCUACGGAAUGCUCGAUAACGCGAUUACGCGAGCGCGGCGAUCGGAAACAAAGUGUGCGUCUCCUGCACGAGAGAGAAGGACUUGAUAUUGUUACCGACGAGAACCCUGUGGCUAUAGAUGACAACUUUGGCACGCUGUCGCGAGUUACAUAAAUUCUGCGCGUGCAAUCGUGUCGCAAAAUGGAUGACUCCUCGAACGUUGCCAUUAUUCGGGAAGUAUACGACAACGAGAAUGCCCAUGAGACAUUUGAGUACGAGUUAGAGAGAGCGUUGGAGUCAGAAUGCAAUCUAAUCGUCAUCGAACCGUCGAAAUUAGGUGACGAAACCUCCAGAUGGAUAGCGGUGGGAAACUGCCUCCACAAGACAGCCGCGCUGUCGGGCCUUGCUGCGAUUGUUACAGGACUAGUUUGGGGCGAUCGGCCCUACAUCUGCGGUCCACUAGGCUUUAUAUCAGUGAUAUCCUGCGGACUGUACACGGUCUCCUGGCAAUUUGAUCCCUGUUGCCAGUAUCAAGUAGAGACUGACACCAGCAAAUUACCGCACGUAGAGCUAUUAGCUGUUCUAGGUCCGUCGUCUCCGACGUUUCUCGUUAGGAAAGAUGACACGAGGAGACGAAUCCUACACACGACCGUCACAUUGGCAGCGCUCGGCAUUACCGCCUGGCGGAUCUACCAGGCGUUCAAGUGAGACAGUUACUACUGACAUUGACGUUGUCUUAUAAGCCAGGACGAAACAAUAAGGUGAAUGCCGAUUAUGUGGUCUGAUCUAUCGCGUUCGCACGAGCGCAAAUAAACGAAAGCCAGGUGUUAUCAGAAUUUUUACAUUGGCGCGUAACUUCCUCAAGAUUUUGCAUUGUUAUUCUUUGAUCUCCGUCUUGACUCAGAAUUGUAAAAGGUAAUCGUAUUGCAAAAUUACAAAGAACCAUAUACAAUCUAACGAAGGAGGACAGAUAUUGACAUAAGUGUUCUUAGAAUUAUGGAAUUUGCAAUGGAUUACACAUGGAUCUAGCAUUAUGUAUUUUUAGACUGUAAAUAAAAAUAGGUAGAAUACAGAAUACAGUACAUAUGGUAUGUC